AGAGUUGGGCUCUGUACUGUACUUCGUAAUCCAAAAUGAUAGAGCUGGCUCUGCCGCAGUGGCACCACCACAUGUCUCUAUUCCCGGCGGCGGCUGCUGCUGCCUCGCCGCCACGAGAAUACAAUUGUUUCUGUGCUUCGGUCCGUUACACUCGCUCUUCCUGCAAUGCUUGUCUCCUCCAAUUUAGCCCAAAAACUUUGAAUUCAAACCGACCAAUCAAUUUCAAACUUCACGCCACUGCUUCUCGCCAAACAAAUCCGGAGCUCGAGCGCCUAGUAGAAGAUAAAGAAGCACAUGAUUUUUAUGUCGGAGAUAGAGCAACAUCGAGGAUAAGCUAUGGAGAAGAAGAAGAAGAGGAGGAUGAUGACUCCGGUGUGGUGUUGUCUCUAACCGAGAAACCGGACCGGAACUUCGCAUUGCUUGAUGAAUAUGAGCUCGAAGAGCUCGACACUGCUUCUGAUAACCCUAAUCAUAAGAGCGGAUAUGUAGCUGUCCUUGGGAAGCCUAAUGUGGGAAAAAGUACACUUUCCAACCAGAUGGUUGGGCAGAAGCUCUCUAUUGUUACAGAUAAGCCUCAAACUACACGGCAUCGCAUUCUUGGUAUAUGUUCCGCUCCAGAAUACCAGAUGAUACUAUAUGAUACCCCUGGUGUUAUAGAGAAGAAAAUGCACAAAUUAGACACAAUGAUGAUGAGGAAUGUCCGCAAUGCUGCUGUCAGUGCAGAUUGUGUAGUAGUUGUUGUUGAUGCAUGUAAGGCUCCUGAAAAGAUUGAUGAAGUGCUGUAUGAGGGUGUUGGAAGUCUAAAAGAUAGAUUACCGAUAUUGCUGGUUUUGAAUAAGAAGGACCUGAUCAAACCAGGUGAAAUUGCAAAGAAACUUGAGUGGUAUGAAAAAUUUACUGAUGCUGAUGAGGUCAUUCCUGUCAGUGCCAAAUAUGGGCAUGGAGUGGAAGAUGUGAAAGAUUGGAUACUCUCUAAGCUUCCUCUUGGACCGGCUUAUUAUCCCAAGGACAUUGCUAGUGAGCAUCCAGAAAGAUUUUUUGUUGCUGAAAUUGUCAGAGAAAAGAUCUUUAUGCAAUAUCGGAAUGAAAUUCCUUAUGCAUGUCAGGUUAAUGUAGUUAGCUACAAAAAUAGACCAAAUGCAAAAGAUUUUAUACAAGUUGAAGUUAUAGUGGAGAAGAACUCUCAAAAAGUCAUCCUCAUUGGAAAGGAAGGGAAGGCCUUGAAGCUUCUUGCAACAGCUGCACGGCUUGAUAUAGAAGAUUUCUUGCAAAAGAAAGUUUUUCUUGAGGUAGAGGUGAAGGUCAAAGAGAAUUGGAGGCAAAAUGAAGGUCUCCUAAAGCACUAUGGAUAUGGCGGACAAAUUAAAGCCUUGUGAUUAGAAGAGGUGACAAUUUCAUAAUGUGCAAAAGAUGAUGCUCUGAUGACCGACUGAUAGAAAUGGUAUUAAACAGAGAACUGCACACAGUUGGAAAACGGUUUCUUGCAUGAACAUUGCAACUGAAUUAUGUCAGGUGUUAUUUCCUACUCCAAGUUGUGUUUCUUCGAUGCCAUGCCAAUAUGGAAGCAACUGCACAAGAGACAUGCUACUGUUGAAGGUUGUAUAUUUUUCACAAAAAUGCAACACAGAUGCGUUCUUAAAAUUGUUACAAUCAAGUGUUUGAUAUGUAAAUAUGACAAGGAUAUCUGAUAAUGAGAAAAGAUGUAGUACUGUACUGUAAUCACCAUCUGCUUCCCUGAAUGACUCUUGUUGUGAUGUUAUAUUUGGACAAGUAGCUGAGAUAGAUAUAUUAUUAUUUAUUUAUUUAUUUUAA